AUUCAUACAUUUACAAAUGUCAGAUACUUGAAAGGGCGAGGAGGCCGAUUUCGCGAUAUCGCGUUAAAUUGUAUAAAAAAAAAUAGUAACCAUAAUAAUGUUAUCAGUGAUGCUCGGAGUCAUGGCAUACACCCGCCAAAUCCGCCCAGUACUUUUAAUAUAACGUUACAUAUACAAUCAUUUUGUAUGAGCGAUAUUGUUUUUAUUCCGUUUUCGGGAUGUUGAAGUUCAAAAAAAUGGGUUCGGAUAAAGUGCCGUUGUUACUUGUGACCGCUAACGUCGGAUCUAUAUUCGAGGACCCAUUUGUUAUGCUCCCAAUAUGGACAUCGGAGUUCCUUCAAGCAGUUUCCCGCAUGGACCCCAAGUUUAUAGCGCUUCAUUUACAAGAAGUCGGCGGUAAAGCAUACGAGAAGUCGAUGCAAUAUGUCCAAGAUUUUGUCCAAAGACUCUGUGACUGUCCAGAACUACGACUCUACGACAAGAUCAGGAUAUUCUUAGAUGAAGAUUUUAGCUCUCCAGAAAAAUUUACGGCUUUAGGCAACUUGUACUUCGCGCAUUCCACUCUGACAGAUCUCAAGAUGUGGGACUUCGAGCUGAAGUCUUACGUCGAUGUGGUGGGGAAGGAGGUGAAUAGUGGGAACAUUGAGAAGGUUACGACGAAGGAAAAGGCAAAAUUUCCUCAACAUUUCUUUCCCGAAUGCAAGUGGUCUCGGAAAGGAUUUCUCAGGACGCGAUGGUCAAUUCGUGGUACAGCGAUCGAGUUCGUUAAUAUACAUCUGUUUCACGAUGCGUCGAAUCUGUUGGCUAUGGAGCCUUUUCCUUCGGUAUAUUGUCGAAGUCGAAGGCGUGCGUUACGACACACACUCCGUCACUUACACUCAGAUGUGAACGCCGCACCAUACUUUAUAUUCGGAGACUUUAAUUUUAGGACGGAUACAGGAGCCGUGGUAAAGAAAGUAACAGAAGAACUGGCAUCAUGUCGACUACAAAACGGCGCGAACGUCGACUCGUCCAAAUUGCAAUACCGAUCCAAGUCCGACGACCGCAUAGUACUUACUGUUGGCAAGAAGGAGUUCGCCCAUGUCGACCAUCAGAAGAUAUUCAGGGAACCUUGGUUACAAAAAUUCGAUCGCGAGCUGGAAUCACUUCGAUCUCAUUUAUUUGAGUUUCCCGUAAAAUUUCCCCCUACUUACCCCUUCGAAGAGGACGUGCAUCUCCCCACGCACUAUAUGAAAACCAGGUGCCCCGCGUGGUGCGACCGCGUGCUGCUGUCGCAGUCGGCGCGCCUGCUGCUGCAGCCCGACGCCAGGCACAGCUCCAGGAAGUCAGUGGCUGACUCGGAUAGCGGCAGCGGUCGGAUAUCGUCGUCCGACAGCAGCCCGGCUCGCUCCGGCUCGCCGGCGCGACAGAACAGUCAGAACAAACAGGUGAGUCCCGGCAAGACGCUGGAGAAGAAGAGCAGCGCGUCGGAGCUGGAGGUGCUGGGCGUGCCCGCCGUGGCCGGCCGCAAGAGCAUCGCCGACCCCACCGCGCUGCAGCACGCCAUCAACGCGCGGGUAUCGGAUUCUGAUGUUUCUCCUGGUCGUCGUAAGUUGGUGAGGAACCAAUCAGAAGGUUCGCCUAAAUCCGGCGAAACAUCCGCUGAACUGCGACGACUAGUAGAUGCGCCCACCCGGCGUAGAAGCGAAUACGGUGUGAUAGGUGACGCAGCCUGCAUGGGUGACCAUAAGCCGAUUUAUCUCCGCGUGAUGCUGCAAAGCGAUCGAGGUAUCGUACAGUGUUGUGAGAGUAUGUCUUGUGCCUUGUGCGCUUGCGCAGCUAGAAUGACCCCAACGCAGAGAAUUCCCCGCCUACCUACAGAUCCCGAUUUGUACACUAAAAAACUAAAAAAUAUUGAAUAUUCUACGAGCUAUCCCGACAAACUACUAUCCGACGACCAAAGGCUUAGACGCACCCGAACCGGCUCCCUGAACGAGAAGACAUCUGGAAUACCAUUCGUCGAAAUCACUAGCGCUGACUAUUCCAGCUGCGAUGGCAUUUUCGUUAACGAUAUCGAUACAACACUAUUGAGUCCCACCAAAUUUCUCGAUCCGUACACACCAGAGAGUGUAGAAUCUCACACACCGAAUGCGGACACGUCGAACGGUUCCGAUGAUUUGACGGAAAUAAUCGAUAUCGUGGGACCGAAUAUCGAUAUCAAAUCGAAUAAACUGACGAGGGACAGGAGCGUAUCGCCGUCCCAAUUGAAGUCCAGGCUGGACAUGCUAUUGAGUGGGAAUGACGAGAAAGAGAAGGGCAGGAUGUGUGACGAAGAUGUUCCCGAGUUGCAAAGGCUGAAUAGCCGCGAGUCUUGCAAGUCGGAUGGUAGUAAAAAGUGCGGGCUCUGCUGUUUCGCCUUGAAAUGUUACGGGUUCUGUAGGCGGAGGGCGCGGACGGUGACCUGUGACUGUAGUGGCUUGAAAUGUUGCACCUCAUGACGCAUUGACGAACACCCACACGUCGUACGCUUUCGUUGGAAUUACUGUCAAUUUUGACAGAUCGAAAUUUGAAUUUGACAUUACAUUACACAGACCAAUAAAAACAUUCGAAAUUAAUUCGAAAUCAAAGUAGAAUUUUGGACGAUACAAAUUUAAAUUUCGAUUGUCGUUUUGUUUUUUUUUUUAAUUUCGAAUAACGAAGGCCGUUUUUGCUGAAAUUGUAUUUUGUUGUAGCACUUGAUUAGUUACCUAUAUUGUUACAAGUGGUCGUGUACCAUUUUUAUUUUAUUUGACGCUUACUUAAAAGUAUGAAGUUCGAAGCAUGAUUGUUUUACAAUAGUAUUAAUUAUAUUAUGAAGCAUGCAUUUUUGGUUGCAAUAUUAGAUUUGAGUAAUAAGUAUGUUAGAUUUAUCGUGAACUCCUAUUUAUUAACAGCGCGGCUGUUAAUAACUUAAUUAACCAAUUAUUAAUAAUAGAAACGUACAUAAUAGUUGUAAGUUCAGCUGUGCUAUUUAAAAUGAAACUUUUUAUACCAAAAGUGCAAAUUUUAUACCAAAUGGUCUAUUAAUCUAGUCUAGUUCUGCUCAAGUGGUUCUUAAAUAUAAUAGUUUGACAUGUCCGAUCCUUUCUAUCACAUGUUGUGUGAUAAGGACAGUUGUACAUACGUUUCACCAAAUAUAUAUUCCAUGCAAAAAAUUAGGGGAUAUUCAUAUAAUACAUCGUAAUAAUUUUUUUUUUAUGGUUGGCUGGAAAGGUUAGUCCUUACCAAGAAUAUUAUUAAAAGUUUAAAU